UGACAUUUCAAUAAACCUAGUUCGAUUUCUUCAAAAAUUCACUCCGUGAUAUACGAUCACGUUUUAGUUUUAGUUUAGUUAAAAUAGUGACAAAAUAUCGAAAUGUCUUUGUUCGGCGAUAUAUUAUCCAUAAAUAAGAAUGAGGAGAAAACACAACAGGCGGGGUCGAGUCUAUCCCCCUAUUUGAACUUCGAUCCCCAUAUCAUACCGAAAAUGCAACCAGAAUUCUUGUAUCCUGAUGACAGUCACAUGGCAUCUACAGCUCGAAGGUCCAACGUAGCACUACCUAUCAUUGGAAUGUCUUUCAUGACGGGGUCAGGUUUGGGUGGAAUGGCAGGUUUAUACAAAGGUCUGAGGGCAACUACACUGGCAGGACAAACGGGAAAAGUUCGAAGAACGCAAGUUAUCAACUACAUCAUGAAACAAGGUACAAACACAGGCUGCACUCUUGGCAUCAUCGCGUCCUUCUACUCGUGUAUCGCGCUCGGCGUCACAUGGCUACGCGACAAGGAAGAUACAGCCAACACAUUCAUCGCCGCCGCCACCACCGGAGUCCUAUACAAGAGCACCUCCGGCCUACGCUCCAUGGGCCUCGGGGCCGCCGUAGGCCUCACCCUCGCAGGAGUCUACACACUCGUCACCGACAAUGACAACAUAUGGAGUAAAGCCCGAUACAACAGAUUGUGAUUCAACCCGCCUAGUUUUGUAAAUAUUUAAUAGACUGUUAAUUUUAGUUUUGUUAUGGUCAACGCCAAAGGAUCUGCCGGGACGCAGGGACUUAUUUGUACCAUGUUCCACGUACCUGUUUAGAUUUAUGUAUAGUGCUUUUUGGUAUCCAUAAACUGUGCAGUCAAGUUGUGUAGCUCUUGCCAUAGAUACAAUUAUUGUACUUAAUAAAUAUAUUCUUC